ACUUCCGCAACUUGUGAUGCCGCUGAUUGAAAAACAGUUCAGCUGCAGGGGUCUUGGAUCCAGCCGUGUUGCUGUUUGAGGCUCCUGUUUAUCAGCUUUCAUACUUAAAUAUCAAAACAGAAAGACGUCAUCAUGUCUGCUUUCAGACUGAAUACCGUCAUCCUGAUGCUGCUGCUGCUGCUGUUUGAACUCUCACUCGGGGAAUCUCGAUCAUUCAGUGUGGACUACGAAAACAACUGUUUCCGUAAGGAUGGGGGGCAGUUUCGUUACAUAUCAGGAAGUAUCCACUACAGCAGGAUCCCCAGGGCCUACUGGAGGGACAGGCUGCUAAAGAUGUACAUGGCAGGACUGAAUGCCAUCCAGACCUAUGUUCCCUGGAACUACCAUGAAGAGUCUCCUGGCCGGUACGAUUUCAGCGGAGACAAAGAUUUGGAAGGUUUUCUUAAACUUGCUCAGGAGAUCGGUCUGUUAGUGAUCCUUCGUCCAGGGCCAUACAUAUGUGCAGAGUGGGACAUGGGCGGUCUGCCUGCUUGGCUUCUGAACAAGAAAAACAUUGUGCUGCGAUCGUCUGACCCAGAUUACAUUGCAGCCGUAGACAAAUGGAUGGGGAAGCUGUUGCCCAUGAUGAAGCUAUACCUCUAUCAGAACGGUGGUCCCAUCAUCACUGUACAGGUGGAGAAUGAAUAUGGCAGCUACUUUGCCUGUGACUUUAACUACAUGCGUCACCUGAGCAAACUGUUUAGAGCUCACCUGGGAGACGAGGUGGUGCUCUUCACCACAGACGGUGCCGGGGUGAACUAUCUAAAGUGUGGCUCAAUGCAAGGUCUCUAUGCCACUGUAGACUUUGGUCCUGGUGCUAAUAUAACUGCUGCCUUUCAAGCCCAGCGAUACGCUGAACCAAAGGGACCUCUAGUGAACUCUGAGUUUUACACCGGCUGGCUGGACCACUGGGGAUCCCGUCAUUCUGUUGUGUCAUCUGCUGCGGUGGCAAAGUCCCUCAGCCAUAUGUUGGCUAUAGGAGCAAAUGUUAACAUGUACAUGUUUAUAGGUGGGUCAAACUUUGGCUACUGGAAUGGGGCAAACUCUCCGUACGCUGCACAGCCCACAAGCUACGACUACGAUGCUCCACUCUCAGAGGCAGGAGACCUCACUGAGAAAUACUUUGCCAUCAGAGACGUCAUCAGAAUGUACAGUAAAGUACCCGAGGGACCGAUUCCACCAACAACACCAAAGUAUGCGUACGGUUCUGUUAAAAUGAAGAAGCUCCAGACAGUGUUGGAUGCUACAGAGACACUGUCAUUCUCAGGUCCAGUGAAAAGCACCUAUCCUCAGACCUUCACAGACUUGAAUCAGGGCUUUGGUUUUGUUCUCUACAGGACGAAACUUCCUGUUAACUGCAGCCAACCCACGCCUCUGUCCUCACCUUUGAACGGGAUCCAUGACAGGGCGUAUGUGUCAGUGGAUAGGGUGGCAGUUGGGAUUCUGGAAAGGAACAAGGUCUUGAGUGUGAACGUGGCUGGAAAGGCUGGGAGUCAGCUUGACAUACUGGUGGAGAACAUGGGCCGCAUCAACUAUGGCAGAGACAUCAACGACUUCAAGGGCUUGGUCUCAAAUGUUACUCUGGGAAAAGACUCCCUCACUCAUUGGACCAUGUAUAGUCUCAGCAUCGACGAAGCAGUCAGAAACGGCCUCCUUGGCGAGGAACCUCCAACACGAACAGAUCAAGCUUCACCUGUGGCUCUUUCACCUCCAGCCUUCUAUAAGGGGAGCUUUAUCAUUCCCUACGGUAUUCCUGACCUCCCUCAAGACACCUAUGUCAAGCUGCCAGGCUGGAAGAAGGGGCAGAUCUGGAUCAAUGGAUUUAAUUUAGGGCGUUAUUGGCCCGCUCGAGGUCCUCAGGUGACACUUUUUGUGCCUGCCAGCAUCCUGAGCACAGCAGCACCAAACAAUGUGACUGUCCUGGAGCUGGAAGUCGAUCCAUGCAGCUCCCAGUUAUGCACUGUUGAGUUUACAACCACCCCGGUUCUCAUUGCAACUGUCUCUGAACACAAACCGCACAGGAGACUGUUUUCUAAAGAUUUCCUCUGACAAUAAGGGGCCUUUCCUCUCCACUUCAGGAAUACCUUUAGGACUCAAUGUAUGAGCCUGGAAUCAAAUGUUGUUUUGUGAAAGGGAUGAAUAUUUGUUUUUUUGCACCACCUUAUUGUAAGAUUUACCCAAACACUCUUCUUAAAGGGAUUACGAGCAAUUAAAGCUGUGGUAACUGAUUAUUCAGGGAAUAUUUCAUUCUUUAUUCUUCUUUUUACCUUGGAAAGCUGUCCUUUAUCAAGUAGUUUUCAUUGUGUUACAAGAUGUGCCUGUUAAUAUGCAUACAAUCUAUAAAAUUAAAAGAAUGAUGAUUAAGCAUUGAGAAAAGAAUGACAACGCUUAAAAGAAUAAGUUAAAUUUGUUUUACACAUUCACUCUUUAGCAGUGUUACUUUGAGAAUGAUGAAAUUCGAAAGCGAUUUGGUUCAGGAAGAAGGUUUGUGAUUCUGGUUCUUCAGAAGGU